GUGGUAUUGUUUUCAUUCUGAUUGUUAUCACUUGGUACAUUAUCAUCCAUCUCUGUUACAUCGGUGGUAUUGUUUUCAUUCUGAUUUUUAUCACCUGGAGCAUCAUUCGUUUUUGCCACAUCGAUGUCAGAACCCUUCAUAAUUUCAUCAUCUUGCUGUUCUGUAUUCCCAGUCGUAGUAAUAUUAGUCAUAUCAGUCUGUCUCUCAUUUGUAUUACUAUUUUGUUCUGUUUCUGCACCUUCAUGCGACCGUUUCUUAGGAUUUUGUUCAGUUAUUACAUCUGUCAUUUCAAUAUCACGCGUAUUAUCCUCGUCUUGUUUCGUAGUACUAUUGGUUGUAUCGCUUGUAUCAUUUUGUUCAGUUUCUCCAUGCGGCCGUUUCUUAGAAUUUGGUUCAACUGCAUCUAUCAUUUCAAUAUCAUUGUCUUGUUCUGCAUCUGGCAUGUCAAUAUCAUCAUCAUGUGUCCCAUCUUUGAUUUCCGUACCAACAAUAUCAGUACUAUUCGUCUCAUCCUUAUCUUGAUCUUUCGAUGCAGUUGAAGUAUGAGUGUCUUGAGUCUUAUCCUUUUCUUCAACUUCUUUAUCUUUAACCUUUCCUUCAUUUUUAUCAGUAUUUAGCUCUUUAUCAUUGACUUGUCCAGUUGUCGAAGUCUCUUGAUCCUUAUCUUCUUCAGCUUCCUUGGUUUUAUCAGUACUUAGCAGCCCUUUAUCAUUGAUUUGUGUUGUCGAAGUCUCUUGAUCCUU